AUGCGGCGGAAGGAGGUCAAGUCGUACGGGACGGGGAAGGCGAUCGAGGGAGCGUUCGAGAGGGGGCAGGUUUGCUUGGUCGUAGAGGAUCUGGUGACGAGCGGGGCGUCGGUGCUCGAGACGGCGGCGCCGCUGAGGGAGCUGGGGCUGGAGGUGAGGGACGCGGUGGUGGUGAUCGACAGGGAGCAGGGAGGGAGGGAGAAUCUGGCGGGGGAGGGGAUAAGGCUGCACAGCCUGGUGACGCUGACGGAGAUGGUGACUGCCAAGGAGUUGCUCGAGAUUGCGGAUAAGGUUGGACCAGAGAUUUGCUUGUUAAAAACACACGUGGAUAUAUUGCCCGAUUUUACACCAGAUUUCGGCUCUCAGCUCCGCGCGAUUGCAGAUAAGCACAACUUUUUAAUCUUUGAAGACCGUAAGUUUGCCGACAUCGGAAAUACUGUAACUAUGCAGUAUGAAGGAGGUAUCUUCCGCAUUUUGGACUGGGCGGAUAUUACUAAUGCACACAUAAUCUCUGGACCUGGAAUUGUGGAUGGCCUUAAGUUGAAGGGCUUGCCUAGAGGGAGGGGACUGUUACUACUUGCAGAAAUGAGCUCUGCGGGUAACCUCGCCACUGGAGAUUACACAUCUGCUGCAGUAAAAAUUGCUGAACAACAUUCAGAUUUUGUGAUUGGCUUUAUAUCGGUUAAUCCUGCAUCGUGGCAAGGUGGGCCUGGGAACCCAGCAUUUAUUCAUGCAACGCCAGGUGUUCAAAUGGUUAAAGGAGGGGAUUCCUUAGGCCAGCAAUAUAACACUCCUUAUUCUGUUAUACAUGACAGAGGCAGUGAUAUCAUCAUAGUUGGUCGAGGGAUUAUAAAGGCAUCCAAUCCUGCGGAAGCAGCUAGCGAAUAUCGAGUUCAGGGGUGGGAGGCCUACAAGGCCAGUUGCUCGUAAUGCACCUUGCCAAUAAGUUUCGUCGACGACCGUAGCAUCCUAGUUACCAAGAAAAUUUUAUGUUCUUAUUUUAUGGGAAAAAAAAUAUCAUGUAAUAAUAUGCGGAGCUUAUAAUGCAAGCUCCUGAUUAUUAGGAGGCUGGACUACGGCUUUGAUGAUGUAGUGCUUCUUGGUGCAUAGGGUUUUGGUUUGGUAAUAAUCAUCUGCGUAACAUUUAUCAGUC